UGACCGAUUCUAACGCCGUUGAUAAACGUCCACCCGAAACUAGGAAGUCUGCCUUUGAGUAUGUUAUAAGGCAAACUUGCUUUCAUCGCCGGAAAAUAACGAGAGUCUCAAAGAUGGCGGCGCCGUCAUGGAUCCAAUCGCUAUUGAAUCCUCGGAAGAACGUGCUGGCCUCUAUGCACAUGAAAUGCGUCUCCACUCGCCUUCGCAGAUAUGGAUUGAGAUUUGAUGAUUUGUUCGAUCCAAUGGAGGAUAUGGACAUAAAGGAGGCUCUAAAACGCCUCCCUCGUGAAGUUGUGGACGCUCGACACCAGCGUCUUCUCCGUGCUAUGGAUCUCUCCAUGAAGCAUCAAUACCUCCCCGACGAUCUUCAGGCAAAGCAGACACCAUUUAGGAGUUAUUUACAUGACAUGAUAUCUCUGAUAAAGAAGGAGAAGGCAGAACGUGAAGCUUUGGGAGCGAUGCCUCUUUAUCAACGCACUAUUCCCUGAUCUGCCACCAUCCCUUUGCUUGCCAUUUGAUUUAUGCUGGUAAUAAUUGGAGCCUUCGUUGGAGAAAAGGUCAUCUGGAUGUUAUUUUGUUGUAUUGCGUGGAGGAACAUAUUGCUUACGCGUGGCUUGUACGGAGCCAGGCCAUAGUCUUUGCUCACUAAUAAAUUUUCUUCUCAACUGCAAAGUUCUGAGGGGAAACUUUUCGAAUUCUUUUGGAUUUGGCUGCAUUAAAAAAGCAGUUGCAUGGUGGGAGAUAUUUAUUCACCAUGGUAUGUCAUAUUUCUUUUUAUAUAUCAGGUUUAUGA